UGUUUGAUUCCUCCGGCGGACUGCGCGGGCGGGCGCACAACGCGAGUGUCUGCACAUUCAGAGAUAAAAGUAUGCAGAGGACGAAAGAAAGAGCGGACGGGGAGAAGUGUUGGUGAGCAACGGGAGCGUCGAGAAGGAGUGAGAGUAUCGGAUUAAAAUUAAGCUUCCCCACCACUUCCAUGUGCUCCUGCAGUGAGGCAACUUAACGGCUUCGAGGACAGGGCUGUCCACGUGAGAUCUCCGAUGAGAAGAGGAGACAGAGACAGAGAGAGAGAAAGAAGAGUUUUACACGGAGCAUGGCUUCAUCCAAGGGUGAUGACCUGGCUGAAAGAGUGGCGCACAUUAAGGAAGAGGAUUGCGAGUGGGAGGCAGCCCAGGACUUUUGCGAAGGAAGACUUUCCGUUUUCAAGGAGGAAGAGUUUGAGGGGGAAAUUAUCCAAGUUAAAGUUGAAGAUUCGGAAGAUUACCCAGUUAGUCUCGAACCGCAAAACGACGAAACUGGGAAUUUUGGUGGAGAAUCUCAUUCCAGUUUACAGUCCCGCUUCACGAAUACCGGACACCUGGCUACCCAGAAGAAUUCGGUGGAAGUGAAAUGCGAGUUCGAAGAGACGAUCAUUGGAGGAGACGGGAGGGAAGGAGAUGAGCAGGAGCCGUCUAAUAGUUUUGGAACAGAUUUCCGAUGGAAUGGCAGCUUCUCGCAGUCGUCAUCUGCUCAGCUCUCGCUUCAACGUAAAUUGCAACACAAACAGGACAAGGAGAAGAUGAAGAAAUCAACAAGAGGAUUGGAGAAUUUGACUGCAACCUCUUUCCAGUGCAGUUCUCUUCCUGCGAGAGAAUCCAUCAACACUGGAAAACGGCAAGGGCCUAACACCAAUCCAGUGGCUUUGUGUGCUGGCCAAGAGUGCAGAGGAACUUUUAAAAACAAGUCUGACUGUGUAGAUGUCAAGUCAAAUGAUACAAGACCAAAGCCAUAUGCCUGUUCUGAGUGUGGCAAAACAUUCCUCCAUAACUGCAGGCUCCAGGCACACACAAGAAUUCAUACUGGAGAAAAACCCCACUGCUGCUCUGAAUGUGGCAAGCGAUUUUCCGACAGUCGUUGUCUCCAAAGACAUAAAAGAAUCCACACUGGCGAAAAGCCGUAUGGCUGUGCUGAAUGUGGCAAACGAUUCACCGACAGUAGUGCUCUCCAGAGCCACACAAGGAUUCACACUGGAGAGAAGCCGUUUUGCUGUUCUGAAUGUGGCAAAAGAUUCACCGAGACGAGUGCUCUUCAGAGCCACAAAAGAAGUCAUACGGGAGAGAAGCCAUAUUGCUGUUCCGAAUGUGGCAAACGCUUCACCAGCAGCAGUAGUCUUUGGCAGCAUGCACGAAUUCACACUGGAGGGAAGCCAUACUCCUGUCCUGAAUGUGGCAAAAAUUUUCUACACAAGAGCAGUCUCCAAAAUCACAUACGAAUUCAUACUGGAGAAAAGCCUCAUUGCUGCCCUGUUUGUGGCAAGCGAUUUUCUGACAGUAGCACUCUCCACAGACAUACAAAAAUCCACACUGGCGAAAAGCCCUAUAGCUGUGCGGAAUGUGGAAAAAGAUUCAUUGACAGUAGCCGCCUCCAGAGCCACACCCGGGUUCACACUGGAGAAAAGCCAUUUGUCUGCCCUGAAUGUGGCAAACGAUUCACCAACCGGAAUGGUCUUCGCCAUCACGUACAGAUUCAUUCGGGCGGGAAGCCAUACGGCUGCUCCGAAUGCGACAAAAGGUUUUUACUUAAGAAAAGCCUCCAGAACCACGUAAGAAUUCACAUGGGAGAGAAGCCGACAUCUAGUUGAGAUCUGAAGGUCUCGAACGUUCUGCCCUCCGCUGCACUACUUGGUAACUUAUUCCAUGUGUCAUCAGUUCUUUACGUGAAGAAAAACGUACAUUUGUGCGAAAUCCGCCUUUAACAAAUAGUCAACCGUGGCCCCAGCGUGCUUGUGCAGAAUUUAUUUUCGAAGGAACAACUGCUGUCCUCGCUCAUUUCCUUCAUCAUUUUAAACACUGCAGUCCUGUCACCUCCUCUGGUUCUCCGGUGGCUUGAACUGAAAAGAUUCACCUUCUUCAAUCUUUCCCCAAAGCUCACACCUCGUAAUCUUGGAAUUGGCCUUGCUGCUCUCCUCUGGACUUUCUCUAGCGCUGCAAUGUCAUUUUUUUUUUAAUAUGGAGACCAAAGCUGACAGCAGCACUCCAGGUGAGGCCUCACCAGUGUGUUAUUUAGCUUCAGCACGACUUCCUUUCAGGUGUACUCUACAUUUUGGAGAUAAAGAACAGCCUGAGCUUUCUUGAUCACAUCUGACCAAUGCUUGAAUGGAGGUACUGAUGAGUCCACUUUGACUCCUAGUUUCUUCACAAAAGGGGGACUUUCAUGUUUAGACUUCCCAUCGUGUAUUCAAAUCUAACAUUUUUUUACUUCCUACUGUACAUGUAUUUCCUUACAUUAACUCACAUUAAAUUUCGCCUGCCCAA